AUGUUGCGACGAGUUGUGCGACAGAGCAAGUUCCGUCACGUCUUUGGUCAGGCCCUGAGGAACGACCAGUGCUACGAUGAUAUCCGCGUCUCCAGGGUCACAUGGGACAGCUCCUUCUGUGCCGUCAAUCCCAAGUUUGUUGCCAUCAUCAUCGAGGCCAGCGGGGGCGGAGCCUUUCUUGUCCUUCCUCUACAAAAGACCGGUCGGAUAGACAAGGUCUACCCUACAGUAUGUGGUCACACGGGCCCAGUGCUGGACAUCGACUGGUGUCCUCAUAACGACCACGUCAUCGCUAGCGGCUCAGAGGACUGCACAGUCAUGGUUUGGCAAAUCCCUGAGAACGGGCUGGAGAAUCCCCUUUCAGAGCCUGUGGUCGUGCUAGAGGGCCACUCUAAGAGGGUCGGCAUUGUGUCUUGGCAUCCGACUGCUCGUAACGUUCUCCUCAGUGCAGGGUGCGACAACCAGAUCAUCAUCUGGAAUGUGGGCACAGGAGGGGCCAUGAUCAACCUGGAGGACAUGCACCCCGAAGUUAUCUUUAGUGUCAGCUGGAGCCGCAAUGGCAGCCUACUGUGCACUGCUUGCAAGGACAAGAAAGUCCGCGUCAUUGACCCCCGUAAAAAAAAGGUUGUGGCGGAGAAGGACAAAGCCCACGAGGGAGCUCGGCCAAUGAGAGCAAUCUUUCUAGCAGACGGAAACAUUUUCACCACCGGAUUCAGCCGCAUGAGCGAGCGCCAGCUAGCCCUGUGGAAAACUGAAAACAUGGAUGAGCCAAUAUGUGUCCAAGAGAUGGACUCUAGUAAUGGAGUUCUGCUGCCCUUCUAUGACCCUGACACCAAUAUAGUCUACCUGUGUGGAAAGGGUGACAGCAGCAUUCGGUACUUUGAGAUCACCGACGAGGCGCCGUUUGUUCACUACCUCAACACCUUUUCCACUAAGGAGCCUCAGAGGGGCAUGGGAUACAUGCCCAAGAGGGGGCUGGAUGUCAACAAAUGUGAAAUCGCAAGGUUUUACAAAUUACAUGAGAGAAAAUGUGAGCCAAUCAUCAUGACGGUCCCACGUAAGUCGGACCUGUUCCAGGACGACCUGUAUCCAGACACAGCCGGCCCUGAUCCCGCCCUGGAGGCAGAGGAGUGGUUCGCCGGGAAAAAUGGAGGCCCCAUCCUGAUCUCGCUCAAAGACGGCUACGUCUCCACGAAGAACCGGGAUCUGAAAGUGGUCAAAACAAACGUCCUGGAGAGCAAGCCAGUCAUAAAAGCAGAGAAAGUCCCGACUAUCCAGAAGCAUGCUUCUCCACAGUCCUCAGUAAAAAUGGAAGACAAACUGGAAGAGGUACUCCGAGAGUUCAAGUCACUCAGGGACCGUGUCAUCCUUCAAGACCGUCGAAUCGCCAGACUGGAAGAGCAGGUUGCCAAAGUCGCCAUGUAAGACGCGGCCCCCUUCCCGGGACCGUUCAUUUGUUUUUUGGAGAGAGUCGAAACAGACGGGGGUCAGCCACGGCCAAAUAUCUGAAGAUUCGGCUUCGUUCAGCUUGGCGUCGUCCCCGGCGAUGAGACCAAGCUUACAUUCCAAGAUGAACUUUAUUUUUCCUCAUCCAGCCUCCUGUUUCACGCGUCGCCCUGACACACACACACUCAUACACACACACACACACACACACACACAGAAAAGGAAAAACUCUCGCAGCUCAUGUACCCGUUUGAAGAAAAGACAUUUUUGUUGAAGGAAAAGUC